ACACUCAUCAAACAGAUAUAACAAAAAGACGUGCAAAAAUGGCCUGUCACUUUUCUUCUUAGUUCAACACCAAAUUAUGGCUAACACAACAAAUUUGAACAUUAUAUUUGAAGCUCUUUCACUCAUUCCCAAGAUUCAUGGUGUUCAAAAUUUUCAGAAAAAGGCAAAAACAGUUAGCCAAAAAACUGAAGAAAUUCAAGAAAAUUUACCAGCAAGGACUACAAGAAGACUAGCAUUAGGCCUAGCUACAAUUGCUUUAUUUGCAAAUUCAGGCAUUGAAAAUUCUCUUGCUGAAGAUAAUAAUGGAUUUUUUAUCACUGGUCCAUUACGAGUCCCUUCAGUAUCCACCAACAUUAUAAACAAGGAGACAGGUACAAGAUCAUUUCUCAAAAAAGGAAUGUACAUUGCUAACAUUGGAACAAAAGGGAGAAUUCAUAGGCUGAAGAGAUAUGCAUUUGAUCUAUUAGCAUUGGGGGAUUUGAUUGGAUCAGAUGCCUGGAAUUAUGUGAGGAAGUAUCUGAGGAUUAAGUCUACUUUCAUGUACUAUGAUUUUGAUGAAGUUAUCACAGCUGCACAAGAGAAUGAUAAGCAACCUUUGACUGAUCUUGCCAAUCGAUUAUUCGACAACGUUGAGAAGCUUGAAGAUGCUGUGAAGCAAAAGAACCUGCCUCAAACACAGUCAUGUUAUCAAGAAACAACUACCAUUCUCCAAGAAGUCAUGGACAGAAUGGCAUAAACACAACACAUGUUUAGAUUCUGUUUGUCAUACUGAUAUUCUCAAACCAAUUGAAGCAUAUGGAAGUAGUAAAUUUGCUUACAGCAAGACAAAUAUUUCAAGUAAA